UACCCGGAAGUAAACAUCGCAACAAAAAUUACCGCGAACUACCACAGAGGCCGAGUGUAAAACAUUGAUCAAAACGAUUCUUUUUCUUUUAGUUUUUGAGCGGCUGGAUUUAAAAACCACAGUUUUGCUGGUAGCGGUGUUUCUAACGAUCUAAACAUGGAGGAAUAUGACGAUAUUUUUGAGAUUGAGGAUCGGUUCGAGGAGCAGUUUGCUGACGAGCUGGAAGUGUUAGCUCAGAUGGAGGACGAAACCUCCCAGCCAGCGAAGCGUCUAAAGCAGACUUAUGGAGACGACAUUUCAGACAUAGAACACCUCCUGGACACUCAGCCCAACACUCCAAAAGCAAAGCGGCAUGAUACAGGCGUGGUUAAGCGUCUUUUCAAUGGAUCCCAAGCUCAGGAGAAGAAAGUCCUGCCAGAGCGUGACGACAUCACACCGCCAUCAUCUCCUGAGCAGUUUGAGGUGUCAAACACCUUCAGAUCUACCGCUGCCGCGCUGGAUAUCAGUGGCUUUGCAGAAAUCCCGGAGACCCCCGGGCAACCCGCCACACUGACCCCGGCAUCCACACGUGUGCUGAAGCGACCGCCUUUGGAGGGCGAGUUUAUCAAUGUGACGGAUUCGUUGGGGAAUCGGGUGUACCUCCGACAGAAGGAAGAGACGGGCAUAAAGAAUGUGGACUCAAGAAUAGUACCGAACACUGAAGGAGAACUGGGACUGCUCACUUUGCCAAUUAGAGUACUGAGACAACAGGAAGCAGAGAGGCGCCACCAGCAGGUUAUUGAGGAAUCGCAGCGUCUCACUGAGCUGAUUAGCAGUGUGAACGAUGCAUUCGGCGACUCUGAAAACAGAGAGGAGGAGGAUGAGAACGAGGAUCCUGAAGACGCAGAGGCACGGACAUCUCGGCUGUGGGUGGACAGAUUUUCACCGCGUCACUACACGGAGCUCCUCAGUGAUGAUUUCACUAACCGCUGUCUGCUGAAGUGGUUGAAGCUGUGGGACACAGUGGUGUUUGGAAGAGAGAGGAAGUCCCGCCCCACACGCUCUGACAGACAGGCACCCAGUCACAACUCAUUCAAACCCAAUCAGGGAAAUCAGAAUCCAAACCGCUUCAAAAGCAAAGUGGAGAUGACGGAGGAGCUACUGGAGGCUGAACUGGACCAGUACAAACGACCUAAAUAUAAGGUGGCGUUGUUGUCAGGACCUCCCGGCUUAGGGAAGACCACUUUGGCUCAUGUCAUAGCAAAGCAUGCUGGGUACAAUGUGGUGGAAAUCAACGCCAGUGACGAUCGCAGUGCAGAAGUCUUCCAGAAACGCAUCGACACGGCUACUCAGAUGAAAUCUGUUUUAGGCGCCAACGAGAGGCCGAACUGCCUGAUAAUCGACGAGAUCGAUGGAGCACCAGCGGCCGCCAUCAACAUACUGUUAUCAGUGCUGAACAGGAAGGAUGGACAUGGUGGGGAGGCCGGUGCAGAAACCGCAAAGAAGAAAAAGAAGAAAGAGUCCAUAUUGCUUCGCCCAAUCAUCUGCAUCUGUAACGACCUUUACGUUCCUGCUCUCAGACCUCUCAGACAGCAGGCCUUUCUUCUGUCUUUCCCACAAACCCAACCUUCCCGCCUCACUCAAAGAUUAGCAGAGAUCUCCACACGGCAGGGCCUAAAAGCAGACGCCGGGGCUCUGAUGUCCUUGUGUGAGAAGACAGAUAAUGACAUUCGUUCCUGCAUCAACACUCUACAGUUCCUCCAUGGUCGUGGCUUGAAGCAGCUGGACUCCAGAACCAUCCAGAGCGUCUCUGUCGGGCAGAAGGACCAAAAUAAAGGCUUGUUCUAUCUGUGGCAGGAGAUCUUUCAGUUACCACGGAUAAAACGAAAACGCAUCGGCGAAGGCUUUGAAGAAGCACCUGGUUCAGGAAGUGGGUUUCAGAGGUUCCAGCACAUUUUGCACCUUGCUUCAUCAAGCGGAGAAUACGAAAAGGUGUCUCAGGGCCUCUAUGAUAACUACUUGUCCAUGCGAGUGAGGGACCCCAACAUGCAGAGCGUGUGCGAAGCUUUGGAUUGGCUGAUGUUCUCCGACAGGCUGAACCAAGUGAUUCUGCAUGGACAGAACUUCUCCCUGAUGAGAUACCUGCCCUUCCUCUCCGUGACAUUUCACUUCCUGUUCGCCCACAUGCAUGUGCCGCGCAUCAGCUAUCCUCACAGCCACCACGAGGCUGCGUCUCGUCUACUAAGCAGCAGGAACGCUUUGUCCACCAUGUUGGCCGACAUCCCAGCAAGCAUCCGAUCGAGGAUCGGCCCGCUCAGCCUCACUCUUGACAUUCUCACAUUGCUUCUUGACAUCAUCUGUCCAAAACUGCGACCUGUGAAUCCGCAGCUGUUUAGCAGCAGAGAGAAGGAACAGAUGCGCGAGCUGAUUGACACCAUGUUGGCCUACAACCUCUCAUACAGGCAGGACCGCACACCUGAGGGCCAGUACACCUACGUGUUGGAACCGCGUGUUGAGGAGGUGGCCAGGUUUCCAGGCUUACCACCGCAUCGGCAGCUCACAUAUCAGGCCAAACAGACCAUCAGCAGAGAGAUGGAGCAGGAAAAGAUGAGGAGAGCAGAGCAUAUAAUGAUGCAGAGGAACCCUUCAAAGAAAGAGGAAGAGAAAAAGAGUGCUGGCCCAAAACCGACCAGGAACCAUCAGCAGAGGUUGGAGAACAUCGUGAAACAAACCACAGUGGAGGCGAGGCCGGAGGUGGAUUUCUUCGGUCGAAUUGUCACCCCCAAACCUCAGAGACCACAGCCGUCCUCAGACUCAGGUGAGAAGUGUGCCGUUCUCUCCAUGGGGACGGCCGUAGGCAACAGCGAUGUGUGGUUCCGCUUCAACGAGGGCAUGUCCAAUGCGGUCAGACGCAACGUUUACAUCCGAGAGCUCCUAUAAACACCACUGGACCGACAUCAAUACGUUCUGUUAAUUCAAAACAGUCUUUAUUUGGAUCGACAGUGCAAAGAGCCAAUAAAAAGGACAUUGCUGAACCCAGGGGAAGAUGCUCAGUGUUGCACACUCAUUCCAACACGCACAUCAAGCAAUAACAUCCAGGAAUCUCCACAUAAAUAAACAUAAAUAGAAGUAUCAAUGUGUGUAGGAGGGGGGAGAACCAGUGCAGCCAGGCUGAGGGGGAUUGCAUGUUUGUUUGUUUUUAAGAUUAUAUGCAUUUGUGAUUGUGUGCGCGACCAUUAGAGGAUCACACACUUGCCCUUUUCCACCCAGGGGUUGGCUCGCAUCAGUUCAGGGUUCAGAAACGGAUCUUCACAAACACAGCCUUCGAUCCACUUCACCAGCCUGCAGAAACAGAACCAUGGACAGCGUGAGCAUGUUAACUGGGGUAGAGAGGGAGAUGGACGGCUGACGCUCCACUCACUCCGUUACGGUGAUGGAGGAUUUCUCUCUGUUGAUCGCCAGCUGAUACUGAAGGCUUUCCACUUCUCUCUUCAUCUGUGGGACGUCUAACUCCGCCAUGAUGCCGCCGAUGUGGUUCACCCAGGCAACUAAACAGAUAUUCAAAAACAUAGACUGCCUCACAGAUAUUCAAACCGCUUUAAUUUUUCAUCACAUCACAGACUAUUUGUGGCACAGAUGGCUUGAAUUUAGAGUCAUGUUUCAAAAUCCAAAAUUUUAUUCGUGAAAACCUGAAAAGUGUGGCAUGCUUUGGACAGGUGGAGACGAACUCUGGAGACGAGUGUCUGUGAGGAACGAUUUUCAAUGUUGACAAAGUUUCUGUUGGAUUUAGGUCAGGACUUUGACUAGGCCAUCUAACAUGGAUGUGCUUUAAUCCAAACUAUUCUAUAUACUGCUCUCUGUUAAGGGUGCCUUCCUAAAAAGCUAUUUGGGCCCAGCUUCAAAUCUAACCUUGGCUUUAGUAGUUUUGUUUGUUUUUAUCUAAUGAAUCCACUUUUUUUUUUUUUGCUCCACCCUCCAACCCUGAUCUACUUCAUCGUUGCUACAUAAGAAAAGCAUCCUCAAAGCACAUCUUGUUAUCCCAUCAACAAAUUCUUCAACUUUAGCUGUGAGGUUCCUGUGUGUCAAUCUAUGUAACCCUCCAUGUUUUAGCAGGUUUGCAUUUGGUCCUAAAAUCUUACUUUUUAUGUCCAAAAACAAGUACUUAAGCAGAUUUUUUUGGAUUUCAUAAGGUGCUUUAGGUUGCACAAUUCAAUGGAAAACACUCUGGUGAUCUAUGUCCAGAAAAUCCCAAUGAAACGAUGUUUGUGUUUGUAACAAGGCAAUAUGUUAAUAAAAAAGCUUGAACCACAGCUGCUGCUUCGCUGAACCGAGUCAGUAGCUGGCAGGACUAAUUAGUUGAACUCAUAAGAAGCUAUGCUUAUAAUGCAUACUUGUUGGGAUUUUUUCAAGCUUUUUCACACAAAAUGAUUCGUUGCAGGAGUUGUUUCAUAAAUAAAGUUUCAACCUGUGUUUCUAGAUAUAAGAUUGCAGACACCAAUAAAAGAGCAACAGGG